GUGUAAUACAGUUAUGCAGAUUAGGAAGAUUUUAAGAAUUCAGAAAAAGACAUUGUGCAUCUGUGUUUGUGGGUCUUAGCUAGUACAAUAUAAAAGGGUGUCAUCUGCCUAUAUUAUUUUUCAUCCUGUCUUGUAGCGUAUUCACUUCAUCACUGCUCACCAGUCACAGUAGUUAAAGAAGAACCAACAAAAUUAGUGUCAAGUCUGUUUCUUUCCUGCUUUUUUUUUUUUUCUCCCCCCUCUUCUGACUUGUCUGACGUCCCACCAUCUCCUUUCUCUCUCUCUCUCUUAAUUUCUUUCUUUGUUGAUUUCUCAUUUCUUUUCUCUCUCAUUCAUGAUCUUAUCCCCUAUCUCUUCUUCUUUUUAGUUCUCACCAUAUUUGGUAAAAACUAGAACUGAAAGAAGUUUGUGCCAGUCUCGUCACCAGUGAGCUGAGCUGAUUUCCAGCAGCUUUUUGUAUGUAGAAGUAUGCUGUUUACCCUUCUUUGUUCAUCUUGCAUGCUUGAUUUUAGUGUUCAUAUUACUUUUUUUGAAGCUGCUUUUAACUUGUAAAGGAUUUGGUCUUUGUUCAUAAGGCUGUAAAUUAGGUACUAGAUUUGUCGUUUUUCUGUUCUCUUUAAAGUUUGGUACUUUGAUAGCUCUGACAUGGGAUUAUUUUUCUGAGAUUAGCCUGUAUAAUUAUUCGUUAAAUUCAGGCCUGAAAGUUAGCCUGGAUGUCAAAAGAAGCUUCUUUUUCCGUCUUCACUUGCCUUGCAGGCUCGAUUUUGAACAUUGAUUUCUAUAGGUUUAGUGAGGAAAUUAGUCUCAGCCUGUCUUCCGUCUUGCUAUGAGAUGUGCUUCAAUUUCUACUUUUAUGAGUGGGUAGUAGUUGCAGUGAAUACUUAACAAUGUUUUCAUCAGUCCCUUAUUCAACACAUAUUUUGUUUGGAACAAAAUUUGAACUUCCAUUUUCUGAACCUGAGAACUGAGACUCUUCUAAAUGAAAGGAUUCCUUCAGAGUCUCAAGCUUGUAAAUUGUAUCUUGGCUACACUAUUUUGGUUCCUCUAGUCACCCUUUCCUUUCGGAUUACAGAUAAACACCUGUUUUGGAAUAGCUCAGUUGAACCAUUCCUAAUGGAUUUAUCUGGCCUGCUGGAUUGUCUAUUGUUAUUUAUAUAAUUCUGCCACUAGAUAGCUGUGGUCUAAUGGUGGGGUUUAGCUUCUGUUUCUUUAUAUGAACUGAAGAUACUUAUUCCUCUAUAAAUACUGAAACAUCUUAAUUUGUUCAUAAUUAGAUCUUCGACUAUUUUGCUUGUAACCUGAAGUAUUUUACAGCUUUGAUGCUCCUUUCUGAUGUUUACUGAAUUCUUAUGAAUCAUCUGCUGGAAGAAAGGGAUUAUCUGUGUUAUCACUUUUCUUCAGAAUGUACAGUGUAUUGUAAAGAUGGAUGCAAAAAGUAGGUGUCUAGUCAUUUCUCUUCUUCUGUAAGAAUACUAGUAAGUAGUAAGGUCUGAUGUGGAAAUUCGCUGUCGUCCACUUUGGGAUUUCGUAAAAGAAGUCAUGAUAUACUAUCAGUAACCUACCAGGUUGACUUUUCCAUAAAUUUAUCUUGUUCAUUUCUUCUCUAUGCUGUGCAGUUUGACUCACAUUUCAGGAUCAAUUUUCUAACGCAUUGCUAUUUCGAUGCAGUCAACCAUAUUUUGAUGCCUUUGUGCAUGUAGUAUUUCUUUUAUGAUCCCUUUUAAAACAAUUCACUUGAAUUGUUCUAGAAUGCGGCAGUUCUUGCAUGUGAUGGGUCAAGUUGCAGCAUGUUUGUUUUAGCAAAGCUUUUUUUCUUAGCUUGAAUAUGAAGUUAUCAUUCUACUUCUUAAAGCAAUGAUUAUCCUGCUUAAUUGGGUUUCGUCGAAUUCUCUGUUUGGAUUGUUUUUUUAGUGCGUGUGUUUUAGGUGUUUUUUCUAUUGGGAUUGUAAAAAGGCGCAUUGGAAAUGUAAAAAAGUAUGCUGGGGUGGGACAUACAAUUAAUUAAAAAUUGUGAAAAAACCAUCAGAAAAACAAACCAACUGGAACCUUUUUAGAUAGUUGAUAAAUUAUGAGCUGCAGUUCAUUCACUCUGUACAUGCUCCUGAAACGCCAAAAAGCCUAUUUGUUGAUAAUUUGUUUUGAAAUUGAGAAAAAACUGACAACUGAUGUGUAUGCGCCCUCAGUUUUGGUUGGCUCAUACCAACUGAUUGAGAAGGCUCUUUGGUUCUUGACGCUUCAUAUCAUCUUACUUCUAUUACAUUAGCAGAAAAAAAGGAACAACUUUCGUCCUCUAUGACUUUUAGCAUGCUUUCAUUAGUUCUUACUGCUGUUAUGAAUCUAUUUUUGUACUGAUGAUUAGUCACCUCAAAUCAGGUACAUUGUUGCUGGAAGAUUUGUCCUUCGUAUGCUGGUUCUAAAUUUUGUGGCCAUAUUUCCAUCAGAGGAUUUUGUUGAACUUUAGUAUUUCUCACAAUGAAGUCACCAAAAAUUAACUUCGAAUCUGAAGAAGAGUCUGAAGUGAGCAGUCAACUCGCCUCCAACAUAUCCACCCAAGAAGUCUCACCUGGUCCAUCGAAAGAAAGCACUACUAAUUCGCCAUCCAAGACCAACUCCUUUGAUCUCCAAAGAGAUGCAAGGCCAGUCACUUUGGACUUGACUCUUGGCUUCAACAAUAAUGAUGAUAUUGAGCUCCAAGAUGCUACUGAAAAUAAUGGUGAUGCUUUCCCCCAUCCUCCAGCACCAGGAGGAACCCGGGUUUUCUCUUGCAACUACUGUAGGCGCAAAUUCUACAGCUCCCAAGCUUUAGGAGGUCACCAAAAUGCACACAAGAGGGAGCGGACCUUGGCAAAAAGAGCUAUGCGUAUGAACAUGUUGUCUGAUAGAUAUGCAAGCUUGGCAUCCCUCCCUCUUCAUGGCUCAGCAUUCCGGUCUCUUGGAAUUGAAGCUCAUGCUUCAGCACACCAGCCAAUCAUGCCCUCGGACAGGCCUCUCAAUGUGAUAAGAGGAGGAGCAAGAUUUGAACAUGGUUACUUUGGUAUGCCAAUAUAUAUGGAAGAUGAUGAAGUGGAAAUGUACUGGCCUGGUAGUUUUCGACAAGUUGAAGGAGUUGGUGGCACUGUAACCUACAAUACAGGGGAGAGGUCAAACAUAAAUUAUGUAGAAAUGCAACCACCACCUCCUAGAACAGACUCAUCAAUACCGGAUCUUAAUUUGAAGCUUUGAUGAGUUAUCCUUUUUGUUUUUUUUUUUUCCCUUUCUUUUUUGAGAUUAUGAAUUAAAUCAUUUCCCAAUGAUUCAUAAUUGUGUUUCCUGUUGAUUGUACAGAGAUGGGUAUGUGGUUUUUUAGUCUUCAAUCCCACCGGGAGAAAUCCAGAAAUAUUGGCCUGAGUAGCUGCUUGAAUUUAUGUGUAGCCCUAUGUAAGAGUAUAUUGCCUCCGUCCCAAAGUUUACGCGAAGUUUUAGUUUCAUUUAUGAAACUCUUUUAGUGCCCGCCCUACUUUUUGUUUGUUUUAUGUAAAGAUUUCGUAGUUCAGUGUUUUGGCCAUUGGUAUAGUUCGAAUUCCCAAAUUCUUUUCAUGGCUUGAAGCAACCAUUAGUCCAUUAGUCUCAAUGGCUUGAGGCAAAUUUCAUGGCAGUCAGUAUUUUCUGAGACAAGUUUCACGGUAAUCAAUGUAAAUCGAAGCAACCAUUUGAAUCUAUUGACAUAGAAGUAGCAUUGUCAGCUACAAAAGUACUAGUG